AAUGUCGGUGUACAUACUCAGGAUCCCAAAUAGCUAGCCAGCUAGCCGAAGGGGGCUACAAUCUCUCCUUCUCACAAAAUUAAGUCGACAAAACGCUGUUAUUCAUGUUAUUAAUGCAAAUGUGCCGCUCGUGUUCUCAGUAAGCCUUUGGGAUUGACUCCCAAACGCCGUCUUGUGAAGAAACGGAGGCGGUAUAAAAUAGCUAUAUUCACCGGCGCUGCCAGUAAACUGUAGCUGGCUAACGGUAGCUAGUAGCUUCGAGAGUACAGCAAGUAAGGCGGCUGGCUGGUCAACCAUUACUGUAGAAGCGGCUUCAGACCGCCGGCUGUCGAGCUACCUGUGUCAGUCAGUUGCCAUAAUAGGAGGUAAAUUGUGAUUGGUGGCCUAUGAGGAAGCCACGUCGUAAAGGCCAGGUGGCCGCAGGAAGUGGGGCUGAUGUCAGGAAGUCCAAUGGGACGGUUGGCGGGCGUGGGGGUGCCCGCCAGCGAUCUCCAUCCCCUUACAGCCUCAAGGCAUCUCCGAGCAGAGAAACCCUUUCUUACACCCAGGCCCAAAAGGUAGUAGAGGUGGAACUAGAUGGUAGGCUUCACCGCAUUUCUAUUCUGGAGCCUCUCGAGGUCAUUACCGAUGAUGAGAUGAUGGCUCAGGACAUAAGUGAGUGUAACAGCAACAAGGAGAACAGUGAGCAGUCAUCAUCUCCCACCAGCAGUGUCCGCAAACCCCCCACACCCCGAGGACGCAGGAAAGACUCCAAAUGUCCUGUCAAAUCGCCUUCCAAAAACCACUGUACCAAUUCUCAUCCCCAAACACCAGAAAAGUUAAAUGCAUCACACCAUCAGCACAUGACUCUCCCUGAACCUAAGUUUCAUGUGCUAGAAACCUUCAAACCGGUCGAGGCUCCUCCUCUACCUGCGGCAUAUUACCGCUACAUUGAGCGCUCAGCUGAGGAUCAGGAAGCUGAGGCACAAUAUGACAUGGACGACGAGGACACCGCCUGGCUGGAGAUGGUCAAUGCCGGCCGGACGUCGGCGGGAUACUCAGCUGUCAAACCGGACACUUUUGAGCUGCUUGUUGACCGACUAGAGGAGGAGGCGUACCGGGAAGCCCGCAGCCGGGCGCCCUCCCAGAGUGCUAUUGACGACGAUGCCUUCUGCUGCGUGUGCCUGGAUGAUGAGUGCCUCAACAGCAAUGUUAUCCUUUUCUGUGACUCCUGCAACCUGGCUGUGCACCAGGAGUGUUACGGUGUUCCCUACAUCCCUGAGGGCCAGUGGCUCUGCCGCUGCUGCCUCCAGUCCCCUCAGAAACCUGUUGACUGUGUUCUAUGUCCGAACCGUGGUGGUGCAUUCAAGCAAACAAGUGACGGACGCUGGGCUCAUGUGGUCUGUGCCAUCUGGAUCCCUGAAGUGUGCUUUGCCAAUACAGUUUUUCUAGAACCAAUAGAAGGGGUUAGUAACAUCCCCCCGGCACGCUGGAAACUGACAUGCUACCUGUGCAAACAGAAGGGCCGUGGUGCAUCAAUUCAGUGCCACAAGGCCAACUGUUACACUGCGUUUCACGUCACAUGUGCUCAGCGCGCUGGCCUGUUUAUGAAGAUCGAUCCUGUGCGAGAGACAAACGUUCACGGGACAACGUUUUCUGUUAAGAAGACUGCGUUCUGUGUGGCCCAUUCACCUCCUGGACAAGAGGCCGUCUCAGAUGAGGAGAGUGAAGGAAGAGUGGUGGGCAGCAGGGGGAGGGCCAGUAGAGGACGGAGUGCCUACACAGAUGGCCCUGUUACACCGAAAAAAGGCAGGAAGUCGGAAGAUGGUGCCAAGAAUGACAAAAAGAAAGGGAAGAAGGGCGCAGAGGCAAUAGCGCAACAAAGUUCAUCACCACAAGCCACAGUGCCUCAGAUACCCACAAGCAGGCUGAAUAUCAUCUGUAAAGGAAUUCUCUUUCAAAGGAAAAACCAGUUCACCCAUAGGCUGCAUAACUACUGGCUGCUGAAACGUCAGUCCAGGAACGGUGUGCCGCUGAUUCGGUGUAUGCACUCUAAUGUCCAAUCCCAAAGGAUUACUGAACAGCCCGAGGUGGAUGAGAAGGUUUCUGCUGCCAGAGAAGCACUGAGGUACUGGCAGAAGCUGCGGCAUGAUCUUGAAAAAGCCAGGCUGUUGGUGGAGCUCAUCCGAAAGAGGGAGAAACUCAAACGGGAACAGGUCAAAGUUCACCAAGAAGCUCUUCAGAUGCAGUUGACCCCAAUGUUGAUGCUGCUCCGCUCCACUCUGGACCAACUACAGGAGAAGGACACACCCGAGAUCUUUGCAGAGCCAGUGAACAUCAAAGAGGUCCCAGACUACCCGGAGUUCAUCAGCCAGCCCAUGGACUUUUCCACCAUGCGCUCUAAGCUUGAGAGUCACGCCUACCGCUCAGUGUCUGACCUGGAGACCGACUUCAACUUGAUGGUGUCCAACUGCCUCCUCUACAACGGGAAGGACACCGUUUUCCAUCGGGUAGGGCUACGUCUCAGAGACUUAGGGGGAGCCGUACUGCGUCACGCCCAGCGCCAAGCCACCAACACCGGCCUGGACCUGAACACCGGCAUGCACCUCCUAGAGUUGCCGCAGAAACGAGACUUUUACAGCUGCACCUGGGAGGAUGUUGACAGUGUGUUGGACCCAGACAACCGGCUUCACAUGACCGUGGAGGAGCAGCUGAAGGAGCUGCUAGAAAAGAUGGACUUUGUCUCCUCCAUGCGAUGCAGCGGUGCCCGAACCCGACGCAUCCGCCUGCUCCGUCGGGAGAUCAACAACAUCCGCCACAGGCAGGGCCAACCCUCCCGCCACAGCCUCCUCAACGGUCAUCUGAAGGAAGAGGAUGAGGACGAGGAUGAGGAGGAAGAUGACGACAAAGAUGCCAAGGCAGACAACAGCCUUUCGUCUUCGGACAAAGAAGACGUCAAAUCCACUUCUCCCCCAAAACUGGAGCCAACAGGGCCGGCUCCGCCUCCACGCUGCGGAGACGCACAUCUGGGGCCUCCCACCCUGCGGCCAAUCACAGGGGAGCACCAGCCCUCCAACUGGGCCUGCAAACGCCUCAAGAUGGAAUGUGAGCCCUCAGACGGCACCACAGAGAACUUGAAUUGCACGAAAGCACAGGAGCGGCCGGCGUCGCCCCCACCCAUUUUGCACAGCGAAGGACAGGCGGUGGUCAAUGGCCUGCCUGAGCUCAGCUCCCCCCCGCGGCCCACCACUGGGGGAGUCGGCCGACGAACCUCUGUAUUGUUCAAGAAGGCAAAAAAUGGAGCGAAGCUGUUCAGAGAGAGAGACAAUCCUCUGCUGAACGGGAAGGGGCCGCAGGACGCCCCUACAGCCCCCAACUCCACAGCCAGUACCCCAGCCUCUACACCUUUGUCCACUCCAUCCAAGACCCCACAGAAAAGCCCCGGACCCCCCACCCUCAAUGAACAACGGACCCCCAGUCGAAAUAUGGGCUCAGAUAGUGAGCUAGAGAAGACGCCAAACCAUACACUGGAACGGGGACUAACAAACGGCUUCAACAAGCACAAAGACGGCGGGUCCGACUCUGAGUACAGCCCUUGUCCAGUCCUGCUCAAAGAAAUCUGCUCUCCACCCAAACGGAGCCUCGGGAAACCAGCUCUUUCCAAAGUUCCCUUUCUGGAUAUAGUCAAUGGAGACACAGACUACACUGGGAACAGCAGCCAGGUGUCCGAUGAUGGGACGGAGCUGGAGCCUCUGGAUCUGGUGUGGGCCAAGUGUCGGGGGUACCCCUCCUACCCUGCUCUGAUCAUCGACCCAGAGAUGCCCGAGGAGGGCAUGCUGCACAACGGGGUGCCCAUCCCUGUCCCCCCCAAAGAAGUCCUCUGUCUGGGAGAGCAGAGGCAGGAGGAAGCCAACGAGAGGCUGUACCUGGUGCUGUUCUUUGACAACAAGCGGACAUGGCAGUGGCUGCAACGUGACAAGGUGACACCCCUGGGUGUGGACGACACAGCGGACAAGCUGCGGAUAAUGGAGGGCCGCAAAACCAGCAUCCGCAAGUCUGUCCAGGUGGCGUACGACCGCGCCAUGAUCCACCAGAGCCGGGUUAGCCACAGCCACGGCUUCGUGGCCUCCAACUACCUGUAGGGGGCGCGCUGAGCCCUGAGAGCCCAUUCAGACACUAUGCAUCUCCCCCUUGGUCUUAAAGCAGCAGGUGGGCCUACUCGAGUGGAAUCUGUAUUCACACUGCGAUCUGAAGAGGUCGCCACAGCACAGAGUCCUGGACUGUCGUACCAAACCACUAGUGUGUGUGACACACACACACACAGCGGUGGUGUUUGCCUUCCUGUUGGGGGGGAUGAAGUUCCCUUUAGGUCCUGCGUUGCUGCGUCAGUAAGCAUUAAACCCUGUUCAGGGACGUAUCGAGGUAUCUGCUUACUCCACCUAGAUGUGUUGUGGAUCAAAUGUAAUAAUUCCCCUCUAUUUUGUAUGAUGCUACUGCCAAGGAAUCAAAUUGUCAGGAAAAGAGAUUUGACAUAUUUAUAGAAGACGUAUGAAUGGAUCACUGCCAUCUUUUAUACAAUAGCUUUUUACAUUUUAAUCUUUUACAAAGACACUUGUAUAUUAUUAAGGCACACUUUGUGUACAUAUGUAUGUGUUUUAUCAGGCCCAAUUUAAUAUAAUGUUGCUGUUUUUAAAAUGCGUAUUUCAAUCAAGCCACAGGGGCAAAGCGAGGCUGCGUAUAUUUGCGGAGAUGAAUAAUUCCUGAUGUGCUGCAGUGUGCUUCGCUCGUCUUUACGUCAUUUCAUUGUGCUGUGUUUGUGUGUACAUUGAGAGCAUACAACACAAUGAGCCAUUGUUCUUUAUAUCUGAAUUCUCUUUUUGAUACAGAGAAAUAAUUUAUUUAUGGAUGACAGAAUUAUAGAAAUAAAGAUAUAUUGGUGAACUUUGAGAAUUAAAUCUUAUUUAAAGUGAGUGAGGUUUUUAAAGAAAUGCAGUCAACAUUUUAACAGAUUAGAUCAUGUUUGGUUUGAUGUUAACGAUGAUUUUACUCAAGACCCCCCACCAUCAUUCACCACUGACCCCCAGAAGAUUCUAUUUAUUGUCCAGAGCCCCAUUUGAUCAAAUGGAAAGAUACACCUUAUAAGCUUGUAGUACUACCUGCAUAUUUUACCUGCUCACCAAAUAUGUUGUCUAAAACAGUAUUUCCAUAUUUGGGAAAUAAAUGCUCUAUUAAAACCUUUUGGGAUACUUAA